GUCCUACAGCGCAGAGGACAGCCGGCUGCGGAAGCCAAGCCCAGCAGUCACAGCCUGCCGUACAGGUUGCACUUCCGCCCGAGUGAGUCCUUCCGGGGCAGAGGUAAUCAUGGCCUCCGCCUUGGCUCGGCUUGGUCUCCGGUCCGUUAAGCAGGUUCGGGUUCAAUUCUGCCCCUUCGAGAACAACGUGGAAUCCACGAGAACCUUUCUCCAGGCGGUGAGCAGCGAGAAGGUCCGCUCCACCAAUCUCAACUGCUCUGUAAUUGCGGAUGUGAGGCACGACGGCUCCGAGCCCUGCGUGGACGUGCUAUUUGGAGACGGACAUCGCCUGAUUAUGCGCGGCGCCCAUCUCACCGCUCAGGAAAUGAUCACUGCCUUCGCCUCCCAUAUCCGGGCCAGGAGCGAGGCGGGGAGUGGGGACAAGCCGGGCGCUGAUACUGGCCGCUGACAGCGCCGAAGAUACCAACAAGCAGAUUGUAGCCUGGACUAGGACCCUUAUCUUCUUUAAGAAGAGCUUGCCUUAGUUAUUCAAAUCACUAUCUGAAGGGCUGCGGAAUGCAAAACAAAAACUGCGAGGGGUGUGAACGAACUUGAAUUUAUGUCACUUUCUCUACCAUCACUCACUGCCUAACCCUUUUGAAUUUGGCCUCCCCACCACUUACUCAAGGUACCUCUUACUCUUAUUUAUCAAAUCCUGUGCAGAAAAAACCACUGACAGGCUGAGUGUUGUUAUCUCAGUCCUCAUCUUUCUAUCUCAGUAGCAUCUGCCACUCUUAAUUCACCCUGUACUUGUGAAACCUCUCUCCCUCUUGGGUCCUUUUUCUUAACCAUAGAGGUGUACCACCCUCAUUUUCCUUUUCUUCUCUCUUUAUUUUUUCUGAGGCAUCUCAUAUUCUGUCAUAAUUUGAACUGCCUUUUCUGGGGUUAAACUCUAUAUUUCUGUUUGAUUCUAAUCCCGGGCAUCCUAAUUGUAUAAAAUGGAGUGAAUGUUCCUUAAUUCCAAUUUAUGUGCUGUAAUCAUAUAGUCAGGUUACCUACUACCGGUUUCCUCCAAAUCCCAUGAACACUGUUUGUCUAAAACAGAAUUGAGGGCCGGGCGUGGUGGCUCACGCCUGUAAUCCUAGCACUCUGGGAGGCCGAGGCGGGCGGAUUGUUUGAGCUCAGG